AUGGAAUUGAACAGCAUAAUCUGGCGUUUGGGAACUUUGCUAUUGGUUGGGACUUUAUUCCGAACAGCCUGGAUCGUCGUAUAUCGGCUCUUUUUCCACCCCCUCGCAAAAGUCCCUGGACCGCUUCUCGCAAGGAUCACUUGGCUCUACUCCUUCUGGUACAAUAUCGCAACCAAAAGGUUCUAUCUUCACGUUCAGGAGCUGCACGAGGAGUAUGGCCCGGUCAUCCGAAUCACCCCGGACGAAAUCCACCUCAGCGACCCCGAAAAUCUAGAGAAGAUAUACUAUGUCGGCUCAAAGUAUCCCAAAGAUGCUGCGUUCUACGGUGUAUUCGGCGCUGAUAAAUCCGUAUUUACCGCGCCGAGCCCGGAAGUCCACCGCAUCAAAAGAGCCGCAUUGAAUCCGUUCUUUUCCCGGAAGAAAGUCCUUGAGUUAGAGGACAUUGUGCAAGAAAAGGCAGAAAAGCUGAUUGACCGCAUGAAGAAGGCGUUCGAUUCCUCCAGCGGCAUCGACCUUCACCACGGCCUCCGCGCGAUAUCAAUCGACGUUAUCACGGAUUAUGCAUUUGGCAAGUCCUACGGUUUCCUCGAUCGGGAUGACUUUGGGGUAGCCUUUUUCAAUGGCUUCCGGGACACGGGGCCUGCACUAUUUACGUUUCAGCAGUUUCCUUUCCUCCAACGAUUGGGGAAGAAAAUGCCCCUUUGGUUCGCGAAGCGCGUCAGUGCACCGUUGGCGUUGAGGAAGUCGCAGCUUAUGAGCUCUCGCGUCCAGGUCCUCAAAGUGAAAGCUGCGGUUGAAAGAGGUGAUAAGGUCUCUCGGACUACCAUCUUCCACGAACUAUUGCGGCCAGAUGCAGCAGAAGGAUACACGGUACCGAGUGUGUCGGAUCUCUCGAGCGAGGCCCAGAAUAUACUUGGUGCUGCAUCAGAUACAACGGGAAAUACUAUGACUAUUGCAACGUAUAACGUCGUUCGGAAUCCAGACAUUUAUGUCCGAUUGUCUGCCGAACUUAAGAAUGCGUUUCCGGACCCAGAGGGGCCAUUGAAUUUUGUUGCGCUGGAGAAGCUCCCGUACCUGACUGCCGUCAUAAAAGAAGGACUACGACUGUCCUUUGGGGUUCCCGGCCGGCUCCCUCGCGUAGUUCCACCUCCAGGGGCCGAAUUUAAUGGCUAUCGCGUUCCACCAGGGACCGUAGUCAGCAUGAGCUCCUGGAUUAUGCACCAUAACGAGGACAUAUACCCCGAUGCAGAAAGAUUCAAUCCGGACCGCUGGCUUGAUCCCUCUCAAGCAAAAGUAGGUGAACGAUAUCUGUUCUCGUUUGGGAAGGGGACGCGAGGAUGCGUCGGGAUGCCACUGGCCUACUGCGAGCUGUACGUGACGCUUGGCCGGAUAUUCCGUCAGUUUGAUAGUCUGAAGACGCCGGCGAAAAGUCGGGAAGAGAUGCUCUUGGACGAUGGAUUUUCGGGGUACCACCCGGAGAGGAAUAAUAAGUUUGUGUUUAGUGUGGAAUAG